GAUAAAGACCAAAUUUCCAUCCAAGUCAAGGAACUCAAAAUGGUUACAAGACGAACAUUAUCGAACUUUUAGUAGUUGGAUAGAACAAAAGGUUGUGUCAGAAUUACAAAACACAUCAAAUAAGGUUUCAGACAUUGUUAAGUGGAUUUCUCGAGGACCUUCAGUUAAUGUCAUCAAGUUUUCAUCAUACAUGAUUAACGGUACUCUAUUUAACACUAGGGAGCGCGAUAACAACAGAAACACACAAAACAGUGGUGUUAGCCUUGUUGCUAAAACUGUGCAAGUCUCUAGUGCAAAAGAUAAAAAUCCAGUUGAAUGUGAUAUGACUUUUUAUGGAGUAGUUAAUGAAAUUUGGGAGUUAGAUUAUAUCACAACUCGAGUACCUGUUUUCUUUUGUGAUUGGGUGAAAAGUGACAGCGGCAUAAUAUAUGAAGAUUUUGGUUUCACAUUAGUUAAUCUAAAUCGAAUUGGGCACAAAUCUGAUCGAUUUAUAUUAGCUUCACAAGCGAAACAAGUAUUUUAUGUGAAUGAUCCUUCAGACAACCAAUGGUCAAUUGUUCUUCCAACGCAAACAAGAGAAUGGAACAUUAAAGAUGGUGAUUUACAUGAUAUACCUCUCGGAGAAGAACUUGUCACAUUCACCGCAAUAGAAGAUAAUGACGAAGUUGAUGAUGAUUGUAUUUGUUUCCGUGAAAAUGGUGAAGGAUUGUGGGUUGAUGAUAAUGGGUCUUGAGAUGGAGGCUGAUCCUUUUGGUGGUAGUUCUGAUGAGGGAGAGCAACGCCCUAAUUCUCAGUCAGUGGAGCAAGAAAAUAAAUCUGUGAGAGGACGUACAUGGAUGUCUAGAAACACCAAAAAAAGGAGUGAAGGACAUCUUACUCCUGUUGAAUACAAUGAGUAUGGUCAACUAGUGGGUGGAUCUAGAAGUAAUGUUUCAUCACAGCUUGGAUCAGUUGUUCGAGCAACUGUGUCCAUCAACAUUAACAGUUGGAAAGAUGUUAGUGUGGUGGAUAAAAAUAAAAUAUGGGACACAAUGAAGAAAACUUAUGAUUUGGACCCCAAACAAAAGCAACAGAUGUUGAAGGAUGCGGGAAAGUACUUCCGAAAUUGGAAGACUAAUCUUACUAGGGUACACGUUUACGACGCUUUGAAAAAAUACCCAAAUGAGUUCCCGCCAGCUUUGCCAUUUGGAUUUGAGAAUGUCAUAACUCCGGAUGAAUGGUUAGCGUUUGUGAACUCAAGAUUAACUCCCGAGUGGCAAAGAAAGAGAGAGGAGAUGCAAAAUUAUCGAGCACUGAAUAAAUACAAUCACAACCUCUCUAGAGGAGGCUAUGUGCGUAUUGAAGAGAUGUUAAUGGAACAAAGUGGGAAAAGUCUGACUGAACUUGAUAGGGCAGAUUUAUGGAGCAUGGGUCGUCGGAAUGCAAAAGGAGAGCUAAUUGGAGAGGCCUCUGAGAUUCAAAAAAAAUAUUGUAAGUGCUCAUAUUUAAUAAUGUUGAUAUGUCAAAUUAUUAGCUUAUAUAUAUAACUUUCUGUGAAUAUUGUUUCACAGGAUCAUUACCGGCAACUCCAAGCUGAGGGUAAAUGGGCACCUGAUGGCCCUGAUGAUGUGCUGACGAGGGCGUUGGGCACUCCUGAGCCUCGAGGACGUGUUAGGGCUGGAGGACACGGUGUGUCCCGCUCAGUAUAUUGGAAUACUCCAACACCUACCUCAACGAAAAAUAAAUCAAAAGCCUCUUCUUCGAAUGACGACAUUAGAAAGGAAUUUGAAGAAAGAUUUCGAAAACAAGAAGAAGAGCAUCGUCAACAAGCACAACGCCUAGAAGAGCGCCUUCAACAACAAGAUGAGCUCUUGAGAAAAUUAUUGGCCCAACAGAGCGGGUCAGGAUCUAACGUUGGAGUCCCACCAGCGCCAUCAUCAUACUAUGUGCCCGACCCACCAGUGCCACCAGCGCAGGCGUCCUACUAUACU